GGCACACGCCCAGGCGCCGCUCCUGCCCCGCGCUCCCUCCCUCUGCCUUUCACUUCCCAGCUGCCAAGAUCUUGGAAGCUUUGAAGCUCAGCAAAGAAGGAAAAUCCAUUGAGAACAGUCUGUAAAGUGUUGAGAAAUAUCCAGAUAUUAUUACCGACACUCUGCCUGUCUCCUGCUUGAACCUGAGAUUCUUCCAUUGGAACACUGGUCAUUGGGAAGAGGACAGUUAAAGUACAGCUUGGUCUCUUGAUGAUCCAAAUACUUAAACAGUGAAGGAGACAGGAUUUAGCUAGCCAGAGAAAAAUGGUGUUCCUUCUUUCAGAAGUUUUUGGAAUGUAAUGAUCCUUUACCACCACCCCAGCUCAUUGUCUUCAGCUUUGGCACAGUUAUUGUUGCUGUCCGUAAGGUGUUUGCCCCUUGGUGAGGGAGACUAACUUCUAAAUGAACCCAGCGCAGGGUGGCUUCAACCGUGAGGAAAUGUCGUUCAGAUUUGGUCAACACCUCAUCAAGCCCUCUGUGGUUUUUCUCAAAACAGAACUGUCCUUUGCUCUUGUGAACAGGAAACCUGUGGUACCAGGACAUGUCCUGGUGUGUCCCCUUCGGCCGGUGGAGCGUUUCCGAGACCUGCGUCCGGAUGAAGUGGCGGAUUUGUUUCAGGCGACUCAGAGAGUUGGGAUGGUGGUGGAGAAGCAUUUCCAGGGAACUUCUCUCACAUUUUCCAUGCAGGAUGGCCCUGAAGCCGGACAGACUGUGAAGCAUGUUCACGUCCACGUUCUUCCAAGGAAGGCUGGAGACUUUCACAGGAAUGACAGCAUCUAUGAUGAGCUCCAGAAGCAUGACAAGGAAGAGGAAGACUCCCCGACCUUGUGGAGAUCCGAGGAGGAAAUGGCAGCAGAAGCCUCAGCCCUGCGGGCCUACUUUCAGUGACUUUACAGGCAUGAAAGUAACUUGAACAAAUCCCAAGGCAUAAGGAAAUGGGCCUCGUUCUCUAGGACUCUGCGGCACUGGAAAUGAAGCUAAGCAGACUUUAUUACAUCCUACAAUUCUGCAACCUUUUGCGAAGCAUUUUAUUACACUUGUGGAAGCCAUCGGGGUUAUGUUUCAAUCAUGAUGACUGACAGGCUAACUUCAAAAUAACAGCAUCGACACUUCCUUCCACACUUCCUGGGCUAUGUACUUAGAAUAGAACCUUUUCUAAAUUGUCCCUUGGCCUGGAUGGAAAUAAAAUGGUACUUAAAAUAUU